AAUUAUUGAUUAGAUUUCUUUGAACAGGAAAGAAAACAUCAGUUCAAAGCUCAAGUAUACUUUGACAAAAUGUUGCCGUAAAUGAUACUAACACUCACAGUAGUAGUUCGGAAGCGUUCCACUUGAAAGUGCAAUGACGGCAAAAACAGUGAACAGUUAGUUAGGGUUUGAAGAGCGUGCGCAAUAACUGUUUCUGCCCGCGACAGCAGGCUAUUUCCAACCACACUUGCGACAGAUAGAACAUAAAAGUAUGCACUAAUUUCAAAGCACAACAUACGGAUGGCCGCGCAGUACAUGGACAUCCACCUCCUUCACUUUGCACCGGGGGACCGCCAGCCACCGUCUGUAUUCAGACAGUCAAUGAUGGACGAAGUUCCGUAGUUAGGGCUUUUACAAGUCCCAUUUCGUCUUCUGCAAACAGUUCAUGGGGGAUUUCCUUGCAACGAAAUAUCACCGUGUGCCUGCAAUGCCUGACAAUGGAAUUAACGACCAGAAGAGAUGGUGACGGUGAACAGGUUUCCUGAACAAUUUGAGGGAGGCUGUCAUGUGGAAAGGAGCAUGUGCAACUUGGUGUGAGGCAAUUCAAAACCCAGAUGGACAACGAUCUGAGAAAACCACCCAAAAUGUUCUCGGACCAGGCAGAAUUGAAUUACAGCUUCAACGUGAGCGACGAGGAUUCGUUUCUAGACAACUUUAACGAUAUUCCACCCUCGCAGAUACUAUCUCCCACGGGAUUCAUUGUUCUCGCGGUGGUCCUGGGCAUCAUUAUGGUUUUUGGUUUUCUCAACAACUUUGUAGUUUUGAUACUUUUCUGCAAGUUCAAGAAGCUUCGUACUCCAGUGAAUAUGCUGCUGUUGAAUAUCAGCGUCAGUGACAUGCUGGUGUGCUUGUGCGGGACUACGCUCAGCUUUGCUGCCAGUAUAAAGGGCAGAUGGUUUCUCGGGAAGCACGGAUGUAGUUGGUACGGCUUCAUCAACUCUUGUUUCGGCAUCGUCUCUCUGAUAUCACUGGUGGUCCUGUCCUAUGACCGCUACAGCACGUUGACGGUGUAUCGCAAGCAUGGCCCCAACUACCGCCGGCCGCUGCUGACGGUGGGAGGGAUCUGGCUCUACUCUCUCUGUUGGACAGUGCCCCCUCUGGUCGGGUGGAGUAGUUACGGCCUGGAGGGGGCAGGCACCAGCUGCUCGGUAACGUGGACCCUACGGACGGCCUCGUCGCACUCCUACAUCAUCUGCCUCUUUGUCUUCUGUUUCGGACUGCCCGUGCUCAUCAUGGUCUACUGCUACUCCAGGCUACUGCACUCUGUCAAGCAGGUUGGCAAGAUUCGGCGGACGGCGGCUCGUAAGCGCGAGUACCACGUGCUGUUCAUGGUGCUGGCCACGGUGGUGUGCUUCAUGCUGUGCUGGACGCCCUACGGCGUGGUGGCCCUGGUGGCCACGUUCGGCCGGAAAGGCCUCGUCUCGCCCAUCGUCAGCGUGGUGCCCUCGCUGCUGGCCAAGAGCAGCACCGUCAUCAACCCACUCAUCUACAUCGUUAUGAACAAGCAGUUUAGGAAGUGUUUCCUGAACCUGAUCGGAUACCGGCGACGGCAGACGGAGAACGGCCAUUCCACCAUGCCCUCCAAGACCACGGUCAUCCACCUCAACCAUCGUGUCUACAGCAAGACGGCUCCGCAGGUGUCCAUCCAGAAGGCCUCCACCAGCCUGCCCAUCCACGGCUGCAGCACUCCACAGACACAGACCAGGAGCAACCAGGUGGAUGUCAACUCCUGAGUAACAACCACGACACAAUGUCACAGUGGAAUAACUGCCAAGGGUGUGUGUGUGUGAAGACGCCCAACAGGGCCAGACAUGGGACUAUGGGGCUGAUGAGGUCUCGUCUUGUCUUGAAUGCUUGGAGACAGGCGUAGAUCGGUUGGUUCAUGAACAAGUGGGUAGACUUGCAAGUCACCCACUACCCACUAGUCUGUGAACCAAUAAGACGAGCGAAUGGAAGCAUGCACUUCUAACUGCACCAGAAUUGACUGACAGCAUUGACAUUCCCAUCGCUAACGCUGUCCUGUCGCUACUGUAGCCAUCUCAAGACACAAAAAGAAGUCCAGUUGCUCACAAAGAAUUUCUUUUGAUGAGUGUUUUCUGGAUAGCCGAGAAUCUUCCGACAAGUCAGCCAUCUCUUCAACGAACAACCAAAGGACAGAGGACAGUGCUGACAAUGCUACAGUGAUUGUGCACUUCUGGAAUACAAUUAGGGCAAGGCUGCUACUGUGAAAACAAUGGAACAGCUACUACCAUUGCUGCCCUUGGCUCAGUCUGAUCGGGAGUUUUUCCAACCGAGGAUCACAGCAGAUCAAUGGUUUGUUGACAUUGACUCCAAUGCCAACACCAUAUGGUACAGACAAGAGAUUAGUCAGGAGUUUCAAGACCAAUGAUUUAGUUUUCUGAUCUUGCUUGAAUGUUGUUGGCAUUACUCGAACAGGUUUCAUCAAUUGCUGGUUUAUUUAUGAAACGAUAUAAUGUAUCUGAAUUGUCAUUUUAUUUUUCUCCACAGAUUGUCUGGUAAUGUCACGGACAGUUUCUAGGUUAAUUGCAAAACAAGCUGAUGUGGUGAUUUGUAUGAAGAGUAAAAGGUUAAACUAAUGAUUGGUAACAAGAAUUAAGACAUGUGGGUCUGUGUAGCAAGUGGUUCAUGUUGCCUAAAAUGCACUUUUUUCAGUAGCUUCACUUUCCAAACGUUUAGCAGUGUCCAGUGGUGUCUGAGUCUUAACAAUCCUUCUCCGAUUACAUUCUCCUAGUCAUAUCCAAUACCAAUGCUGUGAAUAAUCUGAUAAACAUCAAUACUUCAUUGAUAAUUAAACAGCUGUCAGCAACUGCUGGUUUUGUUGAAUAGCAGUCUGUUGAAAUGUAGUCUAUGUCAGCAGUGUCAACAGUUAAUCCUUCCACCACAGUAAAAUUAAUUUAUAUUCUUAGUGCGCUUCAACACAGUGUUAAUGUCACAUGCAGCUGUUGAUGCACAGUUGAUUUUAGAUUUUUUUGUCCAUGUCCACUCAAUCAUGGGCUUCGGACUUUUUCAAUAUCAGGUAUAAUAAUGCAGUGGUAUGUUUUUUUAAGGGAUGGACUGGAUAUUCAUAUACAUUUUAAAUGGAUGACAAUAGUGUUCCCUGAUAGCACUGAUCACUACACUGCUGAAAACAAUAUGUCUUUAUGAAAUGAAAUUUCUUUUUCAAAUCUUCACAUCCUUAUAUGUUGGUCGGACUCUUACAUAAGAUGUUGAUGAGAAGACACAUUCUUCUCAUGUGCAUUUGCAGUGUUUGCGCUUACACAGUGUUUUGGAGAUUACAAAAUAGCUGCUCUUGCGAUGCAAGGCAUGCACAUGUCUAUGUUAAUUUUGUGCCUGUACGUGCAUUGUGGCUGAGAGAUACGAGAGUGAUACUGAGUGCGAGAGUUGGUUUGAUAAUUUCAGUGAAUGGAAUACUUAAGUGUGAGAGUCAGUGAGAGUGGGAGCGCAUGGUGAGCUCUUCUGUUGUUUCCUUGGUUGUGUCCUUACCCAAUCUGUACUAAUGCAUGCUGGCUGAUAUGUAACUUUCAGGUUCAAGUCAACUUCAAGUGUGCAUACACCAAAGACGGCCAAUUUUGGCCUGAGAAUGUACAAGUCCGGUUGGCUAGCUAUACCAACCAUUAUGUGCAUUUGAGCAUAGUCUGGCCACAAAGAUGUACGAGCCAAAUGAGUUUCCAAAAUUGGGUGAAUGGCAGAGAACGGCAGCCAGGAGAGUACUUGCAUGCAUGAUCGUACAAAUCCAGCAUAUAUUCUCUGUGACUACUGACUGGGUAUUUCACCUGUGAGUCUAUCCAUUGCCAUUUGACUGAUGAAAAAUGAAAGGGGGGGUUCUCUGAGCUGGCAGGACUUGUACAUUCUCAACCUGGGAUGGCAACCUUUGGUCACCUUUUGUCUUGGACCUUCCUCCCCUGCUUUUUGUCUUUAUAGGGGCAAGCACACAAGCUGUAUUCAUUGUUAUAACGUCCAAUAUUUGUUCAUGCUUGAUUUGUUUUCUCUCUGUUCCCCCCUGCUUGCUCUGUGGGCUAUUGCAAUGUGUCAAGCUCUCUAUGUUGUUCUUUGCUGUGAAAAAAAAUGUCAUGACCAACAAGAUGUUAAGUCCCACCUUCAGGAAGUAAAAGUCCAUUGCCUGGUUUCAGAACGUUUUGCUAGGAUGAUCACAUAAUGUAGGUGAGGCUAAAACCCCAAAGAUAUAUAUUACUAAAACAAUACAAUCAAAAUCAGCAUUGAGUAGGCUGUGUAGGCAGAGGAACUCGGUCCUGUAAACUUGACUUUACCAUUCGGCUUCUUAAUCUGACUAAAGAGUGGUGAUAUAAGAAACUCUUUUGAUACAAGUGAUAAAAGUGAAUCUUUAAUCAGAAUUUGCUACAGUUAUCCAACCGAUCAAAAGCACAACGUGGACUUUCACGCUCUGAACCUGGGUAUUUCCAUCUCUAGAUUCUGAUUUGGAAUAUGUGCAAUAAGUGAGUUGACUUCAUUUCUUUUAGAAAGUGUGUUCGUUUCGAACCCGGUACAGACAUAAAAAGGAAGGUAAGGCGCAGCUCAGUCCGAACGUGAUAUUUGCAAAAAUGUUGGUGUUAGUUAACACUGCUACGAGCACACACUGGUGGAGCCAAUGUGAUUGUGAGAUACGACUGUGUCUAACUGACAUGAUGGUGAUUUUAACACAUGACUGUGUUUGACUGACACGAUAGUGAUUUUAAUUUUGCCACUCCACAGUUUUUGGUCCAUGUCCUAUUGAAAAAAAAUCUGCUUUAAAAAAACAGUG